ACAUUGGUACAAUUGAUAACAUAUAUAAAAGUUUAACGCUCCAAAUGUCCGCGUUAAGUUAUCAGUCAUCGACCGAUGUAGUUGAUUGAAAAGGUGUCAUAUACAUUAAAAUCGGAACGGUUGCAGAUUGGCGUUAUAUUGUUAUUGUUAUUAUAUUCGAUAAAUUUGCUACUUUUCUCGAGUCAGAAAUUGUUAAUAAGCUGUUAUUAUUUCAAUCAAUUAUUUUAUUAAGAAUUUCAGAAAUUUAUUGAUAAAAAAAUUUAAUGUCAACGUUCUAUCAUAAUACUGGCAUUAAAUAGUGAGUCAAUGCGAUUUAAGUGGAUGCAUAUUACACACAGAAUGUGGUUUGUUUGGGUAUGCAGCUGUUAUCGCACUCCAUUCCAAGAAAAAGUAGGGGGGAGGGGAGGCACACAAUAUUAUAAGUACACAAUUGUCAAUUUAUACAUAUCAAUUGCAACAAUUCAUUAAAAAAAAAUUCAAUCCCAAAUCCUUCACUUUUAUGCGUUCUUUAAAAUCCAACAGGAAAAAUUUAAAGAAACAAAUAACGUCGCUCCAAGGGUGACGCGUCGCAUAAGGAAUGCCUCUUUAUUUUGUAAAUAUCAAUACACGCCAUUUCCCGCACUGGCGACGUACGGGAAAUCAAUAUGUAGGCAUUAUUUUGCUCUCUCUCUCUCACUUAUAAGCGCGCAAGCCCUUAAAAGCGACAUCUCUCGUAUAUCUUUUUAAAUAUCUCUGGCACAUUAUAAAGUCUGCACAAGCGGCUUUCGGUGUAAGUAUAUAGUGCUGCAAUGCUGCUAGUGAAUUUUUGGAGGUUGGUACGUCGGUUUUCGGCCAUCGACGCAAUGUUGGCCUGAUAGUGCAAGUGCACGGAGACUUUUUUCUUCGCAAGUGUGCGGAAAAAGCGUUUUGUUAAUAAACAAACAGUCUACAGUUAACGUUUUUCCACUAAUUCAAAGUCCAGCCGAAGAGACGCGGGCGACUAGACUACGUGAAUUGGGACUCUGAUCGCGCGCAGUCCAAGUAUAAACACGAGUCGUGCAGUGUGUAGUAUAUAUAUAGUAAAUAAGCGACACGGCGGGAUUUCGUGCUUCUUGCUGAUAUCCUUGCCGGUAUGGGCAUAACAAGGAGUUAUGCAUUCACAUACGAUAUUUGAUUACGGCUAGUUAAUUUAGUACUGACGUGGCGGUGAGGAUAAUCACUCAAUUCGCCGAUAGUUUCUAUUUAGCUAGAUACGGCCGUGUUACAGAAGCUAAGCUAAGUAAUAACCUUGUUGUAAUAGCUCUACUGUAUUGCGUAUACUAUACAUGACAGAAGUAUUGUUGAGACACGAAGAAUAAUGCGCGCAUCAGCUAACUUAUCGAAUUUGUGAUAAACGCUUCCUGUGAUAUGUGACAACGAAGAGAAAAGGCAUUUCCGACAUUAGGUUAUACUGUUUGCUCUGUGUUGACGAAUUAGCAAAAUGUAUACAACGCUUGUAAGGAAUUACAUUUGCAGAACGACCGAUGGUUUUCUUUGUACCAUCUGUCAUGUGGAGGUAAAAGAUACAGAUGAUGCAUCCAAGCAUGUUACUACAGAUGACAAACAUCUAGCUAUAAUAGACUGCAAUGGUGCUCUGCCGAGAAAUUCCAGGAUUGACGAGCAGAAAUACAUUGAACUUUUAAACAAUGGCAUUAUACCGGUCAGUAGUAGAGAAUACAAGUGUACAUUUUGUUCUAGUACGAUUCCUAAUCUGGUUCAUGUUUCUGAACACAUUAACGGAAAAAAGCACAUAAAAGCACGUAGAAAAAUUGUGGGGGAUAAUGCGUUAAACAACCAAUAUCCAAGUAUACAAGAGCCUUUAUUAAAUGUUCCUACAAAUGACCAAGAUAGAAACGGAGAAGAGACUUCUUCCGGUAUAUCUUGUACACUAAAUAGUUCUUCUAAUGAUGAGACUUCUUCUGGGAAAUCUUGUAUACUAAAUAGUUCCUCAAAUGGCCAAGAUAAAAGUGGAGAAGAUACUUGUUCUAGUAAAUCUUGUACAUCAAGCAAUUCUCCAGUUCAUUGCAUUAGCUGUAAAAGCAAUUUAGAAUCUGAUUCUACUCUUUUGUAUCAUAAAAUGUUUCACUUGAGCCAAAGAAGUGGCAAUAUUACAGAUAUUAUCAAAUUCACUAUAAAGGACAAUAUGAAGAAAAUUUAUUGUUUAAUAUGUGAUCAUAUUAUGAUGAAUGAAGACGACUUGGAGAGACAUUUGAAUGGACUUGGUCAUCAAAAGCGUUUAGUUGUUGUACAUUGCCCAAAUAAUAAUACAAUCAUGAGUAUGAUGUACUUGAAUUAUGCUCUGUAUACAAAUAUUCCAAUGAACAAUAUUUACAAUACUUUAAAUGCAGAGUUCAAUAGAUAUCUAUAUUAUGCAGGCUGCAAUUUGCAUUAUAACAGAGUCCCUGCAGUACAAAAUAGUUAUGCGAAUCAAGAUGAAAACAGUACAAAUACCAUGCCACAAUUGCAACAACAUAUUCAUCAAAACAUUAAUUCUAUUUACACAGAAUAUUUUUGCUUUAUUUGCACUAUAAGGUGUAAAGAUGAGAAUUUAUUAUUUAUGCAUUAUAAUUAUGAUUAUGUUCAUAAAUAUCGAAUGACAGCUAUCCACUUAGUUUUGAAAGACGAAAAUAUGCAAUUUGUUACUUAUGCAAACAAUGAAGUUAUAAAAUGUUUGAAAUGCCAAAUACAAUUGACUGAACUGAAUGGAGCAGUAACUCAUCUUUUUGAAAUUCAACAUAUUUCAAAACCAGCUGAUGAUGAAAAUGCUCAGUCUAACGAUAGUGUUAACAAUGCCAACGUAUCUAGAACUAUGUAUGUAUGUCCUGUGUGUAAAAUUAAUUCAACAUAUGAUUAUAUGAUGGUUCAACAUUUAGAGUCAGAUUAUCAUAAAAACGAAAUGCAAAAAUAUUAUUCAAAUAUGAAUGGUCCGUCAUUUGAAAAAGUCAUUUUCUUUUGUCCUCUUUGUAAGACAAAUUUCUUCAAUGACAAAAUACUGCUUGAGCACUUUUAUCGUACUCAUGAAUAUAGAUUUAAAAAUGCCAUUCAAACAAACAAUAUAACUUUUACCAAUUCAUCUGGAAAAGAUGAUGUUAAUUACACACUAAAUAAUUUGGUAAAUUUGGAUUUAGACAUAAAUUAUUGUCCAAUGCUUAAACAAAGAACACCUUUCCAGCAGCAAGAAAAUGAUGAUGCAACCUUGAAAAUUCGUACCAAAAAUCUUAUUAAUUUUAGUCCCAGAUAUGUCAAAUUAUGUGUGGAGCGAGGGGAUGAAAAUAUUUUUCAGAUAAAUCCAGAAAGAAUUAAAAGACUACAGCUAGAUAUUAGUUUAACUUUUCCGCAUGAAUCUAACAGAGGAUGUAUUCCAUGUGGAUGGGAAAUCUCUAGUGAUCCACAGCAACUUUAUGAGCAUUUGAGAACAGAAGAACACGAAAAAAAUUUACAAGAAAUGGAAGAAAAUGAUGAAUUUUUUGACAACUAUCGAGAUCAAUUCAGUGAUUUGGAACUUGCAAAAUCAUAUAUGCACGAAGAUUCAGAUGAAUGGGUUAAAUGUAUUGCCUGUGAUAUUAAAAUAGAAAAUUGUAAUUUAAGUCUUCAUACUCACAUAAACUCUGAACCUCACAUUAGCAAUUAUCAAUCAUAUAAAAAGUCAGCAGAUGAAAUUUUUCAACUGUUUCGCAACAUUUUUGAAAAUCUUUGGUAUUAUAUUGAAAAGUAUUUUUGUAACAUUUGUUCAGCCCAAUUUGAAUUUGAAGUUGAUUAUGCUAGACAUCUUGAAAAGCCAAGUCAUUUGAAAGAAGUAGAAAAAAGAAUACUAAGAAAACAAAAAUUACAAUUUGAUUGUUGCAUUUUAUGCUCAAGCUACUGGUUUGCCAAUUCAGAUCACCAUUCAAUUCAUUGUGAUAGAGAUUCUCACAAGUAUAUAUUAAAAUCCCGUGAUUUUAAUGUUCCUGAAAUGAACAUCUUUGCUACAAAAUUGUUGACUUCUGUUGAAAAAACCAUAGACAAUUUGAUAAUAGAGUCAAAUGAAACGAUUCUCUCAUCAGGAGCUUCUGAAAAUAAGCUAUUGGAAUCCGUAGAAGCAGUUGUAAAAUCCAAGUAUCCUUUGGCUAAAGCUUAUUUAUUUGGUUCAAGGAUUUCAUCUUUAGGCUUUAAAGAUAGUGAUUUGGAUAUAUUUUUGGAUUGUGAAAAUCAAUAUGUAAAACCUAAAUCAAUGGUUGAAAGUCAAGAACAAUUAUUGACAGUUCAAGACUGCUUUCACAAACACCAAGAUAUUUGGGUAAUCAUGGAAGUUAUUGUACGUACUCGAGUGCCCAUUAUAAAAUUGAAGCAUAGGUCUACAAAUCUAAAUUGCGAUAUUUCAUUUAUCAAUGGACUUGGCGUCGAAAAGUCUAAAAUACUUGGCUAUUACGUGGACGCCUGCACACCUUGUCGCAAGUUAAUACUUUUUUUGAAAAAAUGGAACCUUCUUUGUCGUUUGUCAGGUUCGAGAGCUAUCACUACAUACGCGAUUUCAUGGCUUGCAAUAUUUUACCUACAAAUCAAAGAAAUUUUACCAAGUGUACAAAGUCUAAUAAAACUACAAAAUCGAUCGAACAUUGUAGCUGGCUGGGAAACUGGAGUAUCAAAAGAAAUUUCAGCGAAGAACAUAGAUUUUUCAAUAAGUGAUCUCCUAAAAGGAUUUUUUACUUACUAUGCUGAUUUCAAUUAUAUAUCCGACGUUGCCUGUCCAUUUUUAGGAAAGGUAAUGAAAAAAAGUCAAUUUUCAAAUAUUGACGAUUUACCAGAAGAAAUGAGUAUAUAUAAAAGUCAGAUAAAAAAAGAAAAUGUAGAGUUUUUCCGUUUGGAUUCGCCUAUGUGCAUUCAAGAUCCUAUUGAUCUAUCUCAAAACAUUACUAAAGCAGUUACUAAACUACAAUUAAGAAUGUUCAAACAGUAUUGUGCUGAAAGUGCUAAAGGCUUACAAACUUAAAUCUGCUCAAUAAAUUUCCGAGAAAUAUCAGGUAGAUUAUUUUUGUAAGUGACAAAUCAAACAUAUGAAGAUAUAUUUUUCUGUGCCAAUGAAGACUACUUUUAAGUUUUGAUGCAACAUAUCAAGUCAAUUUCAAAUAAGAAAAAGACAUUUUUAUAGAAUAUUUUAAAAUUUAUAAUCGAUGUAAUUUCUGAUGCAUUUUUCAUAUAAAUUUGUACUGUUUAACAAAAAAAGUUCAUACAUGUGUUUUAUAAUCUAAGCAAGUCUUAACCAUGAAGCUCAUAGCUUUAUAAGCAUCAUUAGUUUUUAAGUUGACUUUUAAUUUUGUUUUUGACCUAUUAGGAAAAUAUUUUACUUUUUGACAAUUAUAGUAAUUUAAAAAAAAAAUUAAAAAUUAAGUUUGUAAGGUAUGUAAUAUACUUAGGAGUAUAAAUUAUGCAGUAUUAAUGUACUGAUUCUAGUACUGUUAUUGUUGAGAAAAACGUUUUCCAUUGUUAUAUGUACAUAACAUGUAUAGUAAUGAAUAAUACACGAAAUUGCACAAGUCAAUUCCUAAGAAUGACGAUUAAAAAUUUGUUUUGAUAAACAUUUUUGAUAAAUAAAAAUGCCUAAUAAAAGUC